CCUUUGCACUGCCCAGCUCCGCGCCGGGGGCACGCCUCCCCCCGAGCGCUGUGUGUGCCCCUUUAAGAGUCUCCUCUCGGCGUCCCACGUGUGUGAUCAGCUGAUGGUGACGCUGAGGGGAGAGCGCUCCCCAGUUCCUGAAACAUCGGGCGCUGCGGGCUCAACGGGCGCUGGGCUGGGCUCUCCCGUCCCGUGCUCUUCCCCCGCCGAGUCUCCUCCGCGCUCCGCUGGCCGUCGCGGGGGGAAGCGUGCAGGGUUAGUCUGGGCAGCAGGAGAGCGAGCAGCAGUGACAGCCCCAGACACCUGCCCUCUGCCCAGGAAGGCGGUGCUGGGGGAACCUUCCUGCCAGAGACCCGACCCGACUCCACCCUACUCUGCUAGGAUCAUCCUGCCAGGAUCGGAGCCACCUGCACCCCUCCUCUCAGCAGCAGUAACAGAGACCACCCACUGCGCUGGGACCUUCCUGCUAGCUGCAGAGAUCUCACCCCACCCCUACACGCCUGGGACCCCUCUGCUCAGCAGCAGUACCAGAAACCACUGCACCUUCCUGCCGGCAGCAGGGACCCUUCGUGUCUCCGCUGGGCUCUUCCUAGCGGGAGUAACAGAGACCUUCCUGAUACCCAGGGAGACUUGUUCCCUCCCCUUUGCACCCCAAAGACUUUCCUGCAAAGAACGUUAGGGACGCCACGCUUCAGAGACCCGUUAGCAGAGACUUUCCAACCAAAACUCCUCCUGAAUAUUAGCAGCAGACCCACUCAGCCCUCUGCAAUCCUGAGACGUUCUGACAGCAGAGACCCACUCCCCACCUAAAUCCAUCCGAGAGGAGCAGAGAGCCCCUUGAGACCGCCGAGCAACAACAGGUCCUCUCUAUUCACCAGUACAUGGAUUAUCUGUGUUUUAAAGCGCUUUGUUGCAAGGGACCACCACCUCCACGACCUGAAUAUGACUUGGUUUGUAUAGGUCUCACUGGUUCUGGCAAGACAAGUCUACUGUCACAGCUUUGCAGUGAAAGCCAAGAGAAUAUAGUUUCUACAACAGGUUUUAGCAUAAAAGCAGUGCCAUUCCAGAAUGCCAUCUUGAAUGUAAAAGAACUUGGAGGGGCUGACACUAUUAGGAAGUACUGGAGUCGUUACUACCAAGGAUCCCAAGGGGUAAUAUUUGUAUUAGACAGUGCCUCCUCGGAAGAUGAUCUAGAAACGGCGAGGAAUGAACUACAUUCUGCUCUUCAGCACCCACAGUUAUGUACUCUACCAUUUUUAAUAUUGGCCAAUCAUCAAGACAAGCCAGCAGCUCGCUCAGUGCAAGAGCUCUGCACUACACCGGAUGGUUUUCAGAAUUUCCGCAUAUGCACUUUUUCUUCCAGAAGAAUAUAACCUUGUUUUGUGGAGCUGGACCAACUGUGGGCUUACUUAAAGAAACAAAGUUGCUAAAAAUAAAACUCAGAACAUCGGUAACAGUCCUGCAACACAAUAGAAGGGAUAUGAAAUUAAGAGAAUCUUGAAUAAAUGAAUGCAAGUGAAUUAGCAGGGUUCAUUUAAGGUGUGGGAGACAAGCUUUACCCGUAGACUGACUUUACUAUAUUGAUUACUUAAUGCCAUUUUACAAGCUAGUUUAUUUUCUCUGGAAAUUUCAGUUUACUUAUGAUGUGAUUGUUAAACAUAACAUUCAGUAGUUUGAGUACCAUUCUAUUUGUCUACUAUCAUGUCAUAUCCAUAGCAGUAACUCCCCAAAAUGGUUCAUAUAGCAAUGUCAUGGGAUAGUCAUUCAAAUCUUGAAGAAAUAAAUGUAAUAAGCCCUCAGCAUUUCAUAGCCUGUUGGCUAAAGGAUUAGCAACUGGAUCACACUGCUCUUAGCAGACUGUGGUUUGAUUUUUCUGGGGCCACUUCUUGGCUUAGUAAUCAAUGGGAAGCAUUGACAGUGUUUUGCUACUGGAAAGCUUAUAUCAGUUUCUGUACAGCUACUUUGUGCACUGUUGCUGAAGAGUAAGAUAUGAAGAAGUGGACUCUUGGAAGAUUGGAAGUAAACUAUUAAUGAUCAGAAAUUCGCAGUGGUAGAAAAGGGUGAGCUUUAACGUGAGAUGGCAAAGAGACCUUUGUUUGAGUGAACCUCCUAGAGGACUCUUACAUGAAGUACUACAAAUGUGAAUUCUCUUCCCCUGACAGCCACAGUAUAUUGCUUUCACAUUCCCAGAAAUGUGAUUGUGCAUCAAGAAGGGAAAACAUCCUGCCUUUCCCUGAUUGGAUGCCUCAACUUGUCUUUGGUUUCUAUUCUCCUUUCAUGUUUUUCUUUCUGAUUUUUUGUUUUUAUUUUUCUGUUCUGUUUGGGAUCCCUUUUUUAUUUUUUCUGAACCCUAAAGUGUUUGUUCUGUUUCUGGUACAUCUUUUGCUAUCAGUCUCUGACAUGUGUCCAUAAUUUCAUUUCAGCUCUUUUUAAUAUUUUUCAUUGGUUAGUCAUGCAAUUAAUGUUGUAAGAUCUCUGGUUUUGUCUGUUUCUUUUCCUUUCAAGUGAGUGGUGUUUUAUGAAUGAAAAAUAAGUGCAGAAUUUCAUAUGAUGAUGUUGUGUUGAUGGCUAGAAAACCAGCUGCUUGCUCUUUAUUUUUCUGACUUUAUUUUUAGUGAAAUGAGUUACCUUUGCAUAACUUUGUAAUGCAAAACUCUUAACGACUUACUCACACCCACAAGCUAAAAGUUUGAUUGUUGAGGCCUCUUACCUAUAUUGAUUUUUGCACUGGACAUUAAAUGCUCUGGAUAAACAUUGUAUUUUGGACUAUCUUUGGUAGCAAGAAAAUUCCACAACAAGGAAUAAGAGAGAGUUAUUGAGAGACAAAAAUAAAUGAGCCUGGUCCUCACCUUAUGUAAAUCAGUGCAGUUAGUGGAGCUAUGCCCAUUUAUACUAGUUGAUCUGUCCUGAAUAACUUUAGCCUAAAGUCCAAAGCUGUUCUACUGAGGUUUGUGGAGAGGAGAGGGAAAAAAGGUGCCUCACCUUCAACAAUUGACUACUCUCUAUAGAUCACAUGCCAAGGAUUUUGGUGGUAUGAACUUUUGCAGAGUUUAAUUUUGAAGUACAAAGGCUGGAGUAAUAAGGAAUAAAUACUACAAUCCAUUUCAUGUAAUUAGAUUCAUAUAGAUAGCAAAUAAAUAGUAAAAAUUGACAUUAAAAUGUAGAUAAAUCAGAACUUGAUAUGAUUCAUGCAAUUGUAUACUAACAUUAUGGUACAGUGAGUGAGUUAUUAUGAAUGUGUUACAAAAAACUAUGUUAAGAGCGAUUUUUGGUUGUAAUAUUAAGCAUUUGAAUGUUAGGAAAUGUCAGAUUCCCUGUGCAAAUUUAAUUCUACUCCUUUAACCAUCAAUCCAAUGUGAAUAUGACAGUAGUCCUGUGGAAAAAAUAGCGUGUGAUCAUGUAAUUAAAGAUAUGUAUCAUAAUGUAUAUGCACAAAGAGAAAAAUAAAAAAUAAAAAAAAAUCGCAAGGCAACUGUAAAUCUGUCAUUUCUUAACUUUUAAGUUUUGACUUUUCCAAUCUAAUUAACUUAGAAAAUUACGUACACGAAAUAAACAAUUUUAAAAGUGGUUUUUAAAAGGAAAAAGGUGAAAAUAAAUUAUGUGAAACUAGAGCAAUCUCCACAUCAUGCAUCAGCAGCAGUGUUGUAUCCUGAGCCUUCAAUACUGUACAUCUCCAGGGCUGCCUACAUUAGCUUUUAGCUCAGAGAGGGGAUGGGCUGCUGGUAUGUGCCCUAUCCAGAGGGUGUGGUCAGGGGAACCAGCUGUCCUCCUCACCCUGGGAAAUGAUGGGUUCCAUUUGAAGGCCCUAAGCAAAGAUAUGGGAUACUGAGGCCAUGUGUUGAGUCAGGGCUAUGUAGUCAGUACAGCCUAGCUUGAUUGUCUCCGAGCUCUUGUCACUACAGAUUCACCAUCAGCUCCCAGCAUUCCCAGUACAGGAAUAUGCCGCGUCACUGAUUUAGCCUGCGUUUUUGCCUUGCUCUUUAGAAUGUUCAUUUUCAGCUAUUAUUUUAACAUUUUUGCCUAAAUUUUCUUGAAGAAUGCAAGCCACAACAGGUAUAUGGCAAUUUAGAAUUUUGUGGGAUAAAGAAAAGGCACUAUUCUAGCUCCAGGGUUUGUCUGCUGCCGAUAAUGGAUGUCUUUGAGCUUCUCAAAAAAGGUUUGCAAAAAAAGGAAAGUGUUGAGCAGUCUUAGUAUAGGGGUUGCUAUAAACUUGCAUAUAAUUAGUUGUCUACAGGACUAGUCUGAAUGGUUCAAAAAGUGUAAAGGCUUUUAACCACAGAGAUGUUUCAGUAUGUAUUCUUCUGAAUUAUUUGUUUGUACAGAUUGCUCUGGAGGGAUUUUUGGCUAUUACUCAUUGCCACUAUGAGAGAAACAGCUCUGCCUAAUGUAACUAUUGGUCCCUAAAGGAAGUGUUAGCUCAUACCACUUUCAUUUAUAAAGACUUUCUCUUACAUUAUCUGUCUGUCCAUGUUGGUCUUAAAUGAUGUCUUUUAGUUUAUGGGUAUGAGUAAGUCAUUAAGAGUUUUGUAUUACUAAGUUAUGCAAAGCUAACAGUCAUUUAACUAAAAAUAAAGUCAGAAAAAAAGAGCAGGCAGCUGGUUUUCUACCCAUCGACACAACAUUGUCGUAUGAAAAUCUGCGCAUAUUUUUCGUUUGUAAAGCACCACUCACUUGAAAGGAGAAGAAUCUGACAAAAACAAACAUUAAACUCAUUGUAUUUAUAUUCAGUUUUCAGUUUUGUACUUAAAUUUCAAGAUAAAUUACAUACUGUAGAUUUACUGAGCAGUCAUAGAACUGUAUUUUAUGGUAACUUAUAUUUUAUAUACUGUUUUCUUUUUUUUUAAAUUGUGUGGUUUUAAAUUUAGAGGGUUACUAUUCUUAUGACAGAAAAAGGUAAGGUGGAGUUAAAUUUUUGUUUUUAGGGGCUCUCCUUUCAUUAGCUAUCAGUAAAUGACUUUGAAGAAUUUACAAAAGAAAAUAAGACAAAUAAAUAUGUAUAGAUCGUGAGUAUGAAGAGAGUAAGGAAUAAAAUGUCUUCUCUUAUCUAAAGAGCAUUAGUUUGGCAGAGAGCCGGUGGAAUUGUGCUGGUAAGAAGUUAUUGAGAGCAGUGACAUGAAACUAGAUAAAGGAAAGGAUUGUUAAACAUUUGGAUGGAGAGGGAAAUUUAGCAGUAAAACCUGUUAAAAUAUUAAAGUAGCCUUCAAAUUCAGUUGUGCAAGUUCCAUCUAAGGAGACAUUCAAAGAUCAUACUUACAAGACUUCUCUGCCAAUCUUGCAUAUGGCAGAGACUGCAGUAGAUGGACUGCAAAGUCUUAACUACCUCAGUACCUUUUUAAAAAAAAAGAAAAAAAAGUGAAUAUAAUGCUUAUGAAAGUUACCAGAGUAAGGAGUUCAGGAGACUGAAACCAUGCAUUUAUCCAUAGAACUACUACAGUCUAGGUAGUGCUAAUGCAGACUUCCAUGCUGUACAGUCAACAUGUUGUAAAUUUGAUUGAACAAUCCUAUGUGGCUGAGAAGGGACUACAUUGUCUAUGCCAAUCUUUGGUCUAUGUGCUAAGACUGCAAAUAAGACUACCAACUGAAUUAGCAAACCAGCUUGUUUGAGGAAACAGCCAUCCUGGGGCAACUGUCUAAUGCCAUAGGUUUCAUCUGCCACUAAUAUUGGUUACUUUGAUUUUGCCCAUGAGUAUUAGACAUGGAAAGACACAUUUCCUAUGUCAAAUUAUGUAUAAAUGUAAACAUUUGCUACUAUGAGUUAGAUUAUGGUGGUAAUUUUUCUCUGGUAAUUUCUUUGAUUCUGAUUUAUUAACUCUUUUCACCUAAAUUUUGAGGUUGGCUCUGUUAAAAUGUUGAUCACACAUCAUUUUUAUGCUAAAUUUUUAAUGUACCAUACUAAUGAACAGUACAGUUUACAUCAAAUUAUGAAUAUUCUACUAUAUGUGUGUGAAAGUCACAAUUAUUUCUGUUUAUACAGCCUUUGGCUAUUUGAGCAAUGUAUUUUGUCACCUGUUUGCUGCCUUAUGCAGAGUUGGAAAGUUUAUGAAGAAAUAGAAAAUAUGACUGAGUCCUUGUCGUUUUUUUAAAUAAAUGUACAUCUUGUUAGUGACAGAUCG